AUGGAUGAGGAGUUUGGGGCAGAUAACCUUGAUAUGUUCUUUGAUUGGGACGACGACGACUUCUUACCAACAUUUUUACAGAGUGACACUCCCAUCACUGCUAUGCAAGAUCCAAAUUUAAUGCCAAAUUUUAAUUUUCAAACUGAGGUUGCUCCUGUUAACCCCCCUGCAGUUAUGGAAUCAACAGAUGAAGCAGAAACUCAGAUCCAACUCAAGGACCCAACGCCUUUGGUUUCUCAGGGACCCUCAAAUACAAUGGAUUUCACUUUCGUUCCAAAUCCACUUCCACCACCACCAACCACUUCGGUUAUCAAUGGAACACAACUCAGCAACUCUAUAUCAUCCCAGAUGACAAGUAAUCCUACGAUUCGAGGACAGAAUGUGACCCAAUUAACUGCUUGCUCAUAUCAAUUAUCAGAAUUGCAGGACCAAAAUAUUCUUGCGCUUCAACGUCUUCAUUUUGAUGGCGAUCAGCAAAACACAGUCGAAAUCAAUAAUUUCAAUAUUUACCAAUCAUCGUCUAAUCCAGCGUUGGUCCAACCAAACCCCGUACAGGUGAGGCCAGCGAGUGAAACAUACUCAAGUGGAUUGUUUGCGCCAUCCCAGAGACCUGCGUUUUUUCCGCUUCAGAAUCAUAUCAGUGACUCCCAUGCUGCAUGGAACUCUAGGUGCUCUUUGCCUUUUUCUACUUCUACUUAA